AUGUCACAGCCAUGGGAUUACAUCGCUAAACUUGUCUGCAUUGGUGACUCUGGAACUGGCAAAUCUAGUUUGACAAUUCGGCUUUGCGAAGGACGUUUUUCCUCAUCUCAUGAUGUAACCAUUGGCGUCGAGUUCGGUUCGCGCAUCGUGCCAGUUGGGCCGCCUGCCUCCAAGUACUUCGAGAUCCAACGAGAUGAUCACACUCCCAAUCGUUCCCCCCCAGCUCUUGCUUCUUCAAUAUUGGCAGCAUCGAUGACUAAUGCGGAGCCCAUCACAACUGGCCUGCCAAGCCCCCCUCAGAGAGUACCAGACUUCCAGAAAAGAAUGAAGUUAUCUCUGUGGGAUACAGCUGGGCAAGAAACAUACAAAUCCAUAACUCGCUCUUACUUCCGAGGUGCAUCUGGCGCCCUUCUUGUCUUCGAUAUUACAAGGCCAUCUACUUUUACCUCGUGUACUCAGUGGCUCCAUGAUCUACGGCAAAUUGCUGAAGAUGGAAUUGUUGUCGUUCUAGUAGGAAAUAAAUGUGAUCUUGCAGGAGAUGGCUCAGACCAAAGCCAGCGAUGCGUCACCAGGCAGGAGGCAGAAGAAUGGUGUUUUCAGAAUAACGUUGUACGUUAUGUUGAGACAAGUGCAAAAUCUGGUGAAGGUGUCGAAAAUGCAUUCCUUGAGGUCGCCGAGCGAAUCCAUCAAAAAAUUGACGCAGGCAAAUAUGAUUUGAAUGACCGCCGAAGUGGUGUUAAAGGUUUUGGUGCCGCUGGGGGUACAACCCCAGGGAUAUCAAAGACUAUCACUUUAGGCUUGAAUGACGCAAUGCGCAAAGGUGGGAAUGGUUGGACUGGAAGUUGUUGCUAA